AUGCAUCUCAGUCAGCUACUUCUGGGCAUUGUAGCCUCUGCUACUGCUGCAGUUGGCCUGACCAUCCCCAUCGGCCCCCUUGCAACAAUCUAUUCCGAGCCAAACUUCCAAGGAGAAUCCUACGUCGUAGACAGAGUCGACGACUGUGUGCAACUCCCCGCCAAUGUUAUCGGCAAUGUGAACUCAGUGAAACUUGAGGUGCCACCGAGCCCCUACUAUGUUUCCUGUACACUCUUCUCGAAUGAUUACUGCAGAAAUCCGGGUGCAUCGGCCAUCUUUUACGCCAUGUCAUUAUUUGACAACACCGUCAUUCCUGAUCCAAAAGUUCGGUCGGUUUUAUGCACGAUCUCUAGGCUUUUGCCUUGA